CCGCGGUCGCACGAGCGGCCGGGCCGCUCUGGGGGCGGGGGCCCCGGGACCUGAGGCGGCCCCGCCUGACCUCGACCUCGGUCGAGCGAGCCCGACCGGAGAGUCCCACCCGGCAGCCACAGGCCCCGGUCCGCAAGCCCCUCCCUUCACCUCUCCCCGCCCUGGCGCCGGGCACUGGCCGCGCUCCCUCGAAGCGGCAGGGCCCGCAGGCGGCCAUGGCGGCGGGCGCCGGGGCCAGGCCGGCGCCGCGCUGGCUGAAGGCGCUGGCGGAGCCGCUGAGCGCGGCGCAGCUGCGGCGGCUGGAGGAGCACCGCUACAGCGCGGCGGGCGUCUCGCUGCUCGAGCCGCCGCUGCAGGUUUACUGGACCUGGCUGCUCCAGUGGAUCCCGCUGUGGAUGGCUCCCAACUCCAUCACCCUCCUGGGCCUGGCCAUCAACCUGCUCACCACGCUCGUGCUUAUCUCCUACUGCCCCACGGCCACCGAGGAGGCACCAUAUUGGACAUACCUUUUAUGUGCACUGGGACUCUUUAUCUACCAGUCACUGGAUGCUAUUGAUGGGAAACAAGCCAGAAGAACAAAUUCUUGUUCUCCCUUAGGGGAACUUUUCGACCACGGUUGUGACUCUCUUUCCACAGUAUUUAUGGCAGUUGGAGCUUCGGUUGCUGUGCGCUUAGGAACUCAUCCUGACUGGUUGUUUUUCUGCUCUUUUAUUGGGAUGUUCAUGUUUUAUUGUGCUCACUGGCAGACUUAUGUUUCAGGCGUAUUGAGGUUUGGAAAAGUGGAUGUAACUGAAAUUCAGGUAGCUUUAGUGAUCGUCUUUAUAUUAUCUACACUUGGAGGAGCAACAAUGUGGGACUAUACGAUACCCAUUCUAGAAAUAAAAUUGAAGAUCUUUCCAGUUCUUGGAGUAGUAGGUGGAGCAAUAUUUUCCUGUUCAAAUUAUUUCAAUGUUAUCCUCCAUGGUGGUGUUGGCAAGAAUGGAUCCACUAUAGCAGGCACUAGUGUUUUGUCACCUGGACUCCACAUAGGAAUAAUUAUUAUAUUGGCAAUAAUGAUCUAUAAAAAGUCAGCAACUAAUGUGUUUGAAAAGCAUCCUUGCCUUUAUACCCUGAUGUUUGGAUGUGUCUUUGCUAAAGUCUCACAAAAAUUGGUGAUAGCUCACAUGACCAAAAGUGAACUGUAUCUUCAAGACACUGUCUUUUUUGGCCCAGGUCUUUUAUUUUUAGACCAAUACUUUAAUAAUUUUAUAGACGAAUAUGUUGUUCUUUGGAUAGCAAUGGUCAUUUCUUCAUUUGAUAUGAUGAUGUACUUUAGUGCUUUGUGCCUGCAAAUUUCAAGACACCUUCAUCUAAAUAUCUUCAAGACUUCAUGUCAUGAAGCACCUGAACAGUCUAUAGACCUUAAGCCAUACGAUGAAAUAAUCAAAAUUAAAGGAGUAAUGAACACAUACUGUGUCUUAGACAAUAAAAAGGUAUAUUGAAAAAAUAGUGAAAGGGGAUUAUUCUUUAAAAGGAAAAAAAUAUGUAAAUUAAGUACAUAGAAAUCACUCUGGAGUACUUAUUUUGCCUCUAACUAUUGGUAAACUUUUUAAAGUGUUUGGAUAGGACUUUUUAAAGUGUUUGAAUAGUACUUAAGAUUUACAUUCCAACUUUGGCUUAAAAAGGAAGUCCUUUACAAAAUGCAAAAAAAAAAUUGGAACUGUCUCCUUAGAUAAUCAUUAAUUUUUUCUUGUAUAACUUAUCACAGCUAGAAAAAGAGAAUCAGUAUGGGCUUAUUUUUUAGGCUUGGAAAAUCUUAACUAAGGUAAAAGUGGGUAAUAGGGGUAAAAAUUAGAAUUUAAAACAUGGAAAAACAGGAGAGAAUCACUCCUUUUCCUCUAAGGGCAUAUUUUUGUUUUGACUGAUUCAAUGAAAGCAAUUUCAGCAAAAAAUAGGAAGUUUAACUUAUUUCAAACAAAUGUGAAACAAUUUAAUAUUUAUUAAAUCAAGUGUUUCAUAUGUUAUGCUAUGUUUAAAAAAUGCGUAUUUUUAGAGACAAGCUAUAAAAUCAACUGUUCGUUUGGAAAUGAAUGUAAUCAAACUUCUAUAUAUUUACUGAAUAUUAAAACUGAAAAACAAAAUAUUUUCUAGGUAACUUAAAGACAGAUGUGAAGCAUUUAAACCAUAAGUAAUUAAGUAUGUUAGAUAUACGUUUAAUCGUUACUAAGGGCAUGUGUCAUUUAAUUGUGGACCAAAUCCAAUUAAAUGGCAUUUUGAUGUUUUUGUGGAAAUGACAUAUUCACAAAUCCACGUCUUAAAACUGAUUAUUUAUAGAUCUUGUUUGGUUUUCUUAAUAGUUUUUAGCAGUUUAUUUCUGAACACAAACUUAGGUUUCUUUUAAUAAAUUUUAUAAGUCAAUAGAAUAGAUUUUUUUUUGAAAUCUUAAUUUCAUUAGAAUUGGUUGUGCAACUUACUGAGUAUACAUGAUAGGAUGUAUAUAUAACAUAGAUUUUGUACAUUUUUUCUUAAGGAAGAACAAUUUAACCUUUUAUGCUUGUGCUUUCUACCUUUUGGUACUAAUGCAGACUGAAGCCAAAACCUGAAAUUAAAUCAUUUUUAUUGCUAAAAAUUGACAAGUGUUAAAAAGAAAAAUUCACAAUUACUAUUAAAGAACUGAAGGCUUAGUAUAUAUAAUUUAGGAAUUGCUACUACUCACAUAACUGUUCAGCUUUAUGUGAAGGUUAACAGAAAGGGGUUCUUGCACUGAAGCUAAAGAUUAACACAAUGUAUUAUUUUAAACUAGAAUUUUUAAACCACUCUAAACAAUUACAUUCUUCUUAGCUAAUGUUAUAAUUGUAUCAUAUCAUUUAGGUUCAAGUUCUUCCUUCAAAGAGUCAUCAGAAUAACAUGGAUUGAAGAGACUUUCGAACACUUGCCAUCUCUUGCUGCUGCUGUUAUGUGAAAGGAAAUAUUAAACAUUUGUUUAAUUUUUAGAUAAGUGUUAUACAUAUUUCAGCAAAUAAAAUAUUUCAGUGCUUGCAUUAA